AACCGGGCGCUCGAUUUCGACGAGGCAAUCCUGAGCCGAAUUCACCUAAAAGUCAAGUAUGAAAAUCUGACAAAGGACUACUGCCGGGAGAUCUGGGAGCAUUUUCUUUCUGUGGUCCGUACGCCUCAGGGGCCAUCAUCCCUUGCCAAAGAUUUUGAUCUCCAGUGCCUAAAGUCCAUGGCCCUUAACGGCCAAGAGUUUUGUCAUUUAAUGUCGUCCAGGCAUACUAGUUCUGACCAAACCAUAGAACAGAUCGCCCAUGCACUAGCCACAAUUGAGGAAAUGCAAAUGAACUACACACAUUUGGAACUGGCUGCCAAAUCAAACGAAAUUCGCUCAUGA